CCGGAUUAUCAUAAUAAUUAGAAAAUAAACGGGAAUGGAUCAGAUCAGUAACUUUAUGGUGAGUAACCAUGAGUAACCCGUCCACAUCAGCAUGACAUCAGCAUCCUCUCUCUCCUGGAAACCCUUUAAUUUUCUCCUCUUUAAUCUUUGACGGACGAUUUAUCACUCAUUUUAAGUCGAAAUUUAAUUUUUUUUGCACAGUUAGUUCAGAUUAAUUGUGCUCUUCAAAAUGAUAUCAACUUUAAUAUAUUUUUCAAACAAAAAAAAUUGAGCCAUUUUCUACCAGUCUAUACCAUAUGGUAUUGACUGUAUUGAAAUAAAAGCAUACCUAUGGUUUGAAAAACGUACCAUGGUGGUAUGAACAAACCAAGACUGUAAGAUGGUUGAAUACAUGAUAGUAGAAGUAUAUUAAUUGUCAUUUACGACUUUUAACAUUGUAUAUCACACAAUACCACCCCGUACCAGGGUGGUAUUGUAUGAUAUUGUGUGGUAUUUUAUGGUCCUGUAAUUUGUUCACCUAGAAAUUUGUAGAUCCAAUAGAUCAUAUGAUGAACUCGUCCCUUCUGUGCAAACGUUUUCAAUAACGAAUUAAAAACGAAGAAGACACCAUACAAUACCACCCCGUAUCAGGGUGGUAUUGUAUGGUAUUGUGUGGUAUUUUUUGGUCAUGUAAUUUGUUCACCCAGAAAUUUGUAGAUCCAAUAGAUCAUGAUGAACUCAUCCCUUCUGUGCAAACUUUUUCAAAAACGAAUUAAGAGCACGAUGAACUCGUUCCAUCUGUGCAAAAAAAAUUAAAAUCCGAGUUAAAACGAAAAAGAUAUUAGUCAAUUAAGAAAGCUAGAAAAAAUAAAAAUGGUUUUUAAUUCUCCUUCCUUAGGUCUGAAUUUUCUAAAUAAAAGGUUGGUUAUUGAUGGGUGCAUAACGGCAUAACCCAUGGUUAUGCACCCUAUCUUGAGCCAAAAUAAACUGUUUGCAAAAAUGGAGCCCAGAUUGUUGAGCCUUAAUGGGAAGCUUUAAUCGGAGCAACCUCCCCAUGUCGAAGACCUGGACUUCGCCGAAUGCCAUUCGGACGAGCAUGAAUGCACCUACGCCGAGCUGAGGACUCCCAAACAGAAAACCGCCACCGCGUCCACUGCGUUGCCCAGCUCCCUGAAGAACGUUCCUCCCUAUCCACGAACAACGCCCGUCAUCCGUGACCACCCUGUUCCCGAACCUGCCGAUCGCCGGCAUUCUUGAAGCAUUAGUAAACACUCUGUUUCUUUUCUUACAUGAUGGCGCAAGAGUAAGGGUAAUAGUGCCCGCCCAACUGAUCAGCUUGAUUAGCUCAAUUCUUGUCCAUAUCUCGAUCAUGAAGGUAAAACCACCAAGCCCAUUUCAUAUUUGAUGUCGAGUUUUCUUCUUUUGCUUCAUUACUAACUAUGUCCAGCUGAUUCAUUGAAUGACUAAUUUUUCAUUUGGGUUCCAACACAGCAAAAGUAAGUGAUCAAUUCAAGGUCUCAAUGAAUAAAGAUAAGUCAACGAUCCAAGGCGAUGAAGAUAGAUAGUCGUGGGUGCCAACAGCGUCCUUGGACGGGGCGGAGAAGGCCCAAAUCGUGGUCACCGGCGACGGAAUCGACUCGGCGGUGCUCCGGAACAAAGUGGGACACGCUGAACUGGUCAGCCUCGGCCCUGUGGAAGAGAAGAGAAGAAGAAGGAGGACAAGAAGGCCCGCCUCACCAUGUCUACCAAAUGAACCCUGCCGCAGGCGGGCACUUUUACAAUGAUGACCCUUACUCUUGCGCCAUCAAGUAAGAAACAGAGUGUAUAAUUACUGAUGGGCUUAAUUGCAAGUUUGGUCACUCGAAUUGUUAUAAAAUUUCACAUUUGCCACUCAAAUUAAUUUAUUCCGUUUAUAGUCACUCGAAUUAGUUGAACAGUUCAAGUUCGAUCACUCUCCGUUAACCUCCGUUAACUGUGACUGACGUGGCGGUCAACUCUGACAGUUGACCGUUAAAUGUGUGACGUGGCAAAUAACAAAUAAUUAAAAAUUAAAAAUUAAAUUUUUAGAAAUUACACAUCAUUAUCACAAAAAAUUAUAAUUAUAAAAAAUGAAAAAAAAAUUAUCACAAAAAGAUUAAUUUGAUCCGAUUGCUCCCAAGAGAAAGAGAGGGUCCGAGAGGGUGUGAGCAUCAUCGGGGCGUUACCAUUUACCGGCCGGCGACGUAAAUUCAAGCAAAAUUAGCGAACAUCGAGAACAACAUAGUCGGGAUCCUCGAUCUAUAAACCAAGUCGGAUCCUCUGCUCCCUCCUCCUUCACUAGCACUACUGCUAAUGCUGCUGCCGCCGCCAAGCAUCUUCUAUCCAUACUAAUAAAAUCUCGAGGCUUCACAGUAAAUAAGGAACGAACAUGCCU